GCCUUUUACAAAAAUCUGCCAAAUGCAAAAGUAUUAUUUUUGAGAUGGACCGCGAAAAUGGAGCUAAAUGCAUUACUGCAGAUAAAGUUGUGAUAGCAGUUUUAGUAAGCUGCGUUAGUGAGUUUAGCGAUGUUGAAUGUACUGUUAGACCAUCGCAGAAUAUUGUAAAGUUUUCUGAAGAUCAAGAACGCAAGGCGUUCUUCCUCCUAUUAAAAUAUGUCAAAUCAUGUAUUCUUCCAAGCUUUUCUAUAUUAUGUCGUGAAGUCGAUAGUGUUGGGCAUCAGCCAUUCAUCGAUAUGUUCACAACAGACAUAAGGGAACUAACUGAUGAAGAAUUAGCUGUGGAGAAACUGCAUCAAAUUUUUUCCAAUCUAGAAAGUCAAAAAGUUGAAACGGGAUCUAGUACUGUUAUAGGAUUUUUUUUCCGUCGAUACUUAAUGGCAUUUGACUAUCUGCAAUUCGAAGAUACAGCUGAUUUGUUGCGCGAUGUUAAACUUAUUGUUGAUGGAAAACUUAUGAGCGGUCCCAAAGACACUUUCUUAGAAGAGCAAGCUAGAAUGCUAGAGAUAGACGAAAGAAAAGUAGCCCGACCGGUCGAAUUGCAAAAUAUGAUAAAUGUAAGCUCUAAAGAUAUUGCUCCAUUCGUUGCCUAUAUGAAUGCAAUGAGAGUAAAAGACUUUCCUGACGCUCUAUUUCAUUUGCACGCUUACUUUGAUAAGAAAUACACAAAAAAAACAGAUAUUUGUGGUGCAGUCUUGGCUCAUGCAGGUGCACAUUCUUCUUUAGGAAUGACACAAAGUGUUGAAGAAUGUAUGACUGAGUCAGUUGAGGUAGCCCCACCUCCUCUUCCUCCUCAAUCUCAAUCAGCUUCUCAUCAUCUACCUCAGUCGCCAUUUCUAAGUGUUCUGACAUGGUUACCCGGUGUACCGAAUCUUAUGAAUGUUUAUCGUCAACAAUUAAGUCGAGCUAUGGAUAUUAAAGACCCAAAACUUGCUGCCAAAAUAAGUAUUCAUGCAACUGUAGCUAUGUGCCGUUUAGCUCAGACAAACAAAAAUUUUUCACUGGCUGGUUACAUUCAGUUAUUAAAUCACUGUUCAAAUUAUUUACAUAACGAAAACGAUGGAAAUUUGCUAGCAGCCACUAAGGCUGCAUUAUUCUAUAGAUCAUCCUUGCCAUCUUUAUCUGUUGUCUCCUAUACUAGCGUUUUAUCAGACGUAACUUGUAACGGUGAGUUGCAAGCAAAAGCUAUUGUUGGAUUAGCUAGAUUGUUUUCACAUCGAACGAAAUUCUUAGAAAAGCUCUUCGAGCAUGCUGCUAGACGUUUCCCACGCUAUUCACGCUACUCAGAGCUCAUUGAAGAAGAAAAAGCCAAACUAUUAAGACUACCAAAAGUUCUUAGAGAAAAUAAUAUUCCAAAGGCUUACGCUCUUGCGAGUGAUGUUCAUAAGAACGAUGAUACUAAAAGUAUUAUUACUAUAUUGUUAGAAUCUGAACGUUACGAGGAAGCUUGGAAAAUGUUAAGGCUAACAACUAAUGAGGAUAUUCUUCCUGUAACGAGGGUGAAGUUAUUAGCCUUUGGUGCUACUCUAUUACAGUUCACAUCACAGGUUGCCUUAGAACCGCUUACACAAGCACUUAUCUUCUGCGAUGACUAUAACAUGUGUUCAGAUGAAAAGACGGAUAUCCUUUUGAGGAUCUGCUAUCAAUUAUUGGCUAUGCGAUUACCAACAAAAGCUUUAUGGAUUGCGAAACAAAUGGCAAAAAUGAAAUGUUUAAAUGUUAAUAAAACAUUAAACGAAGCGAAAAUAAUUAAGGCUAAAGCUUAUUCGAUCCUGGGACUAUUUCCUAAAGCCUUAGGAGUGUUGGAAUUAAUAGAAAGCGACUGUUUCUCAACCGAAAAACUUAUUGGAUUAACAUAUUUUAGAGCAAGACUUUACGAUGCAACAGGACAGAUGAGAAAAAGAAACGAGCAGUCUCAAUAUUUGAGUAAACUUAUUGGAUCACGACCGUAUCGUUCUAGAAAACUAUGUCUGUUGACAGUUUAGAAACGCCAUCUACCGCUUUAACCCAACCAUUUUGAAAUAGUAAUAAAAACUACUACUGUUUACCUAUUUUCUAGAAAAAAAAGAUGUACAACUUAAAUGAUAAUUUUUCUUAGCCUCUCUCUCUCUCUCUCUCUCUCUCUCUC